AUGAGAUCCCCCGGUCAUGUGAUUUCGCACGCUGUCUCAGAAUUCUUUCGCAAAACCGGAGUACAAGUUUAUCGACACCCGGCUUUCUUUUUCUGGAUCCCAGUGCUGUUGACGAUAUUCAGUGCGAUCGGUUUAUUUCGAUGGAAUGAGGAGAAUAGAAUUUGGUAUCUCUACUCUCCGAGCGGUGCUCCAUCUCAUUACGAGCACAAAGUAGCCAAUGAAUUUUUCGAUGAUAGAGGCGGGAAAUUUUGGCUCGAAGUCUCUAUCACCGCGCACGAUAUGGGAAAUCUGUUGAGGAGGGAACAUUUGGACAGUAUCGAUGCAUUGUCACAAUAUUUACAGUUCAACUUCACGGUCCCAUGCGCGAAAACGAUAAAAGCAACAAAAAAUUGCUCGUUCGACGAUCUGUGCUCGGGUGCUUGCAACGAUAAUCAGGUGAUCCCGAUCUUUAAUCUCAUCUACCGAAACGCCACUCAGCGUUUGCAUCCGAAUUUCCGACUAACAUUCCCAACAAUGCAUUUAUACAAUGAUGAGUACUAUGUGGGAGAGCACUUUGCUGGCGUGCAAAUCGAUCGAAAAACAAAUUUGAUCUCUCAUGUAAAGGUGAUCAUGCUCUAUUUCCGAACGGAUCGCCAGAAUAUGGUUGUCGGCGAUGCGUUGAAAAGAUGGGAAGAGAAAUUGAUCGAUUUCACGGCGAAUUACAAAAAUCCACUCUUGAACAUCUCGUCAACGAGUGAUGGAAUCGUUUCACAAGAGGUGCGUCGAAACGGGAUGUCUUGUGUUCCAUUUUUCAAUCUCUCCAUCGUCCUCGUCUUUUCUUCAUUUUCGUCACAAAUUGGCGACAGCACUUCAUUAUCGCACAACGUUGUCAUGGCUUUUCUCGGCAUCGUCGGCCCGUUGAUGGCCGUCGGGACGACG